AUGCCCCAUGUUACUAGUGAGGAUGCCAUUAGUAAGGCUUUACAUCAAAUAUCUCAGUCUCCAUUCUCGAAAGAGAUAGAGAAAACAGACCUACCUAAGAGAUUUACUAGGCCAACUUUCACAAUUUAUGAUGGCAAAAUGGAUCCCAUGGAGUACGUCAGUCAUUACAAUCAAAGCAUGGCCAUAUACUCUAAAAACGAGGCCUUGAUGUGUAAAAAUUUUCCUUCUAGCUUAGGUCCAACAGCUAUGAGAUGGUUUGAUAGGUUAGAAAAAGGGGUUAUCCGAGGUUUUGACGAGCUUAUUAGGGCAUUUGGAGCUAGGGGAAUUGCUACAAGUACCUUUAAGGUGGGCCUUCCCAUUGAUUUCGACUUGAGGGCUUCACUAGCCUUAAAGCCAGUCACGGAUAUGAACAAACUGAUGGAACGGGUAGAGGAGUACAAGAGAUUGGAAGAUGAUCAGUUGCAAGAUAAGGCCAAAGCAAAAGUACCCGUAGAAGAAAAGAAAGAGGUCAAAGCAGAUUAG